AUGGCCAGUCUACUCAAUAGUUUCGCACUCCCCUCAUAUUCACAACCCCCGUCCUGCCCUUCUUCGACUCUCGCUUUUUACCCUUCCUUUACCCCCUUCCCCAAUUUCCCCCCCUCCCUCCCUCCUCUCCCCUCUCCCCCCCCUUCUCCCCUCUCUUCCCCCCUCCCCUGUCCUCCCCCUUCUCCACAUACUGCGACCCCUCCCCUUCCCUCUCUCAGCUUACCUCCUCCAUCCCUCUCUCCACUCUAUCGCCUCCCCCCCUCCUUUACUCCCCUCUUCACUCUACCCUCCCCUCCUCUCCCCUCCUCUCCCCUCCUUUCCCCUCCUCUCCCCUCUCCUCUCCCAUCCAUCUCUACACUCUUUCUUCCUGCGCACCCUGACCCUCCUAUCCCUUCAUCCCAGUCGUCACACCUGUCUGCAGUAAUCCCGUCAUCACCAUCACCUCCCCCCUAA